AACUGGCAGCGAUGCGCAGUUGUCACUUUACUUCAUGCAAGUGUUUCUUUUGUGGCGAAGAAUUGAAGUUGAAAUUUUUAUUCUAAAGAAAGUGUUUGUAUUUUCUUGAUCAGGAUUAAUGCCCUGUGUUUAAAAUGGAAAGGUGGUUCAAAUCAGACACCGAGCUUGCUAGUAGCAUGGAAUACGAUCAAAUUGGUUUAUCUAGUGAAAUUAGAUCUACUCCCGAUGCGCUCGUUAUCUCUAACGAUUUUUCUCAUUGUUUGGGAGAAAAAUUACCCCUUGAAUUGUUGACCACUGAUGAAGAAGGAGUACCCAAUAUUAUAGAGCUUGAAGUGCAAAUGGAUGGCAAAUGUUUCAAUACCUCACAUGAAGAAACGGCAGUGUUGUCAACUGAGGACUCUAUUCUUUUUGAGGAAGUCCGUGACACCCCAAAUAUCUUACAUCAGGAUGAAAGAGAAAAUUUACUGUCUCUGCAGUCCAAAGUUGCAGAUAUUGUGGAAGAAAAGAUAAUGCUUUUAACACCACAUGAACUAGAGUCUAUGAAGGUUAGUGCUCUGGAAUCUGAUAGUGAGAAAGAGAGUCAACAAUCCAAGACAGAGGGCAAUCCUCAUGAUACAAACACUGAAGAAAGCAGUGAGAAGAUUCCCAAGCCAGUAGUGGUUCUACAUGAAAAUGAAACUCUCUACCUCUGUCCAUUUGAAGAAUGCUCAAAAGGGUUCCCUAAAUUAUUCAUGGCCAAAAGCCACAUAAUGACACAUGUUGGAAUUAGACAGUUUAAGUGUGAUGCUGAGGGCUGCUCUUGGUCAUUCUUUUCAGAGUAUAAACUCAAACGUCAUAAAGAAUGCCAUCAAGGCAAAAAAGACUUUGCCUGCACAAUUUGUCGACGAAAGUUUACUACGUUGUACAACUUAAAUUCGCAUAAAAAGCUUCACGAUCGACCUAAUAUUUACACUUGUUCGAUUGAACAUUGUAGCUCAGAAUUUCAAACUCAGAGGGAAUUGGAUAAUCAUCUAAAGGAGCAACAUCGAGAAGUCGAAGCACCUUAUGCUUGCCAUCACUGCAAUUGCGGCAAACGGUUUCAUUCUCUUAACGCACUCACCACCCAUCUUCGUAGCCAUACUCGAGUGGGUCCAUUGACGUGUCAGUGGGAAGGUUGUUCUCGCUCUUUCGAUAGGCCAUCCCAUUUAGAGUCACACCUUAGAACCCAUACGGGAGACCGUCCAUUCGUAUGUCAUUUUGAGGGCUGUGGAUGGGCUUUUCGGACACCAAGCAAGCUCAGUCGGCAUCAGCGCACUCACAAGAAUGAGAGACCAUUCAAAUGCCCUCAUCAGGAAUGCCAUAAAGCCUAUUUGAGGUCAGAACAUCUGAAACAGCAUCUUCUUAGUCAACAUCAUGGCAUGAAAAUGUUCCGUUGUCCUGUUGAGAGCUGUGGCGCGGAAUUUACGGCGAGGAGUACCUUGUACGUUCAUGCCAAAAGACAUAAUGUCGACACCGCCAAUCUUACCUAUCCGUGCGAGCACCCUGGCUGUAAUAAACAGUACUCCGGCAAAUCCAACCUGCGGAAACACAUGGUUCGCUGUCAUGGUAGCCGGGCUCCAUCUGCUGCAACUGCGUUGUCUACUGACCCAUCACCUCCGGAACUGAUAAAGGUUGCCGAUCAACCCUUUCAGAAUGAUUAUAUCGCUUUGCUAUUGGGAGAUGACGAGGACCCCGUCUCUACAGAUCCUUCAGUUGUCACAUUCCUUGCUGUUCCAACGGAUAGUCUUCAAGAUGUUGGAUCUGGAUCAAGCGGAGAUUCAAACGUGUGCGUCUUACUUCAUACUGGCGGUAAUCACGAAGCUACUACCAGCUCAACUGGCCACGCCCACAUUGUCUGGAGCUGGCAGACAAGUCCCACGAAAGCGGCAGAAGAAUGCUCCGAAUUUAGUCAGUCGACUAUCAAUAUGCGAGACUUGGAAUAAUUCGGCUUUUCCCCUUCAUGAAUCCAAUAAUCCAUGUUUAUGCACCUUUUGCAUUUCGCGUACAUCGUAAUUACACAUGGGCACCUCUUCGUCUCGACACGCGCCACUGAAAUGAAUACAUACUCGAUUGUCUAUUAA